AUGGAUCAGGGUGCGGCCCUGUCCGAAGCGGCGACGAAGAUGAAGGACGUCGACGAGAAGAUCGUCUUGGCCAAGAUGGACUGCACCGCGGAUGGGAACAAGGAGUUCAAGGAUAAGAUGGGCAUCAAGGGCUUCCCGAGCUUCCGGGUGCGUUUCUAAAUAGCCUUUUUUCGCACUUUGGAGCGUUGCGUGACGUUUUUAUAUGCGUCACCGUCAUUUUGUCAUUGUCGCUCGCAGCGCUAAAUUGUCUGACGAAAUCACAGAACCGGUUCACUAGUAGUUGGUUACUCCUCCUACCGCACUCACACUCCGCAUCCCGUCGCGUCUGCAUGUUGAUAAUGUCCAUUCGUGUCACCCCAUGCUAGUCUGAGAAAGGCACUGAACAGCAUUACGCAUACUUGGUGACCCUCUGGCCGCACUCACACCCUGCCUGCCGUUCGUUGCCUUGUAUGGUUCGUUGCUGUUGGGUAUGGAGGGCACUCCGGAGAGCGCGAAGGAAC